UGUCAUUUUGAUAAUUUGUGAGCGUACCAACGAUGUAACGCACAUCAAGUGUGCCAAGAUGUCGUCACCUGUUAACGCCAAUGACGAGGUGGAAGGAGAAUCGAAAGAUUUCGGAGUAACACCAUCGACAGUGGGAGGCGAAAAAGAAGAUAAGUCAAAUGGGGUGAAAACUCGAACUAUUAUGACUAAUACUUCUUCACUGGUUCCGGACCAAACAACAGAAAAAUUUGAAGUUGAAAAAAUCGGCCAAGCAAAAUACUCUGUACAGUUAACAGCCUCAUCUAAUAAUGACUCACAAACGUACCAAGUCCACAGCUUUAAAGAAGAAGAAGAAGUAUCAACAAAUAUCAAUAAUUGUAACAACACGAAAGACACAGAUUCAAUUUUCAAGCGAAUAAAACAAAUUGCGACACGUGACUUAGAAAUGGCGGAAUCUAAUCCUAACCCUAGCAGGUCUAAGUCAAUUUUAAUGUGCAUUCCUUGUCGCAUCACUUUCAAUGAUUCUUGUCUACUUGUUUCGCAUGGUUCGACCGUCCAUGGUGUACAAUUGAACAAAAUGGAAAAAGAGUUAGUGGAGUGCAAGUUUGUUAACAGCAUAAUUCAAGAACCAUCUGAUGGGAAAGCUCGCAUUUGUUUUCUUGAGCCUGUGGAUCAACAAGAAAAUCCGGAGUCUGUACUUGAAAAAGAUGAGAAAAAUCAUUCUGAAACGGAAAAGAAAGGAGAUGACGAAGGGCGCCAUCUAGAGAAAAUUAGCACGCUAAUUGUAAAAGGAUCGAUAGAUGUAUCAGAAGACUCAACUAUAUCAAAAAGUAUUCCUGCUGCAUCGUUGCAUGUUGAUCAUGGUACAACAAAACUUUUUGAUGACGUGAAUAUGGAUGAAAAUAAGAAAGAAGACAGUGAGAUCACGACUAUCACGCACACCAACAAAGACGUCACGGACAGUCAAGCUCCACAAAACCAGAUAGACGAAAAGACAGAAAACACAUGCACAGUAUCCGAGACUUUGGAUGCUAACGAAUCCGAGUCUCAGCUUAAAAGCUCUUCAGAAAAAGAACAAAAGAAUACAGAAAUAAUAAAUUCCCCUCCGUCAACAACAUCAAAUUUUCUAGGGAAGUACAUUUCUGUCUCUGAACAGACACGGAUUCUUCAUCCAAAUCGACAAAUCAGAACGAUGGCCACUACAUCAGAAAACAUCACCAGAACAUCUCCGUUAUCUUCAGCGCACAAUGUGAAGACUCCAUCGUCGAUGAGCGACAAUAUAUUUGCCUCAUCAGGAGGCGGGGUUGCAAAUAUUGACCCAUUGUUUCAGAUGUCAUUGUUCCAAUCGAGAAACUCAUGUAAGACUUUGAAGUGUCCAAGAUGCAAUUGGCAUUAUAAGUACAGGCAAACCCUCGAUGCACAUAUGAGAGAAAAGCAUUCAGAAGACACAAGCGAUUGCCUUUACUGCAAUGCAAAUCAGCCCCAUCCAAGAUUGUCAAGAGGAGAAAGCUAUGCAUGCGGUUAUAAGCCUUUCAAGUGCGAAGUUUGCAAUUAUUCUACAACCACGAAGGGAAAUUUAAGUAUUCACAUGCAAUCAGAUAAGCAUUUGUAUAACGUCAAAACAAUCCAACAUCAUCAACAACAAAAGGAUAAAAUCAACGGGCAAUCUGGCAACGCCUCUAAUCAACCAGGUGGAAGUGCGAUUCCUGCUAGAUUGCUCGCUGAAAAGCAGGAACAACUGCAGAAUUUAAUUCAGCAGGCUCGGAAGAGGUCUUCUCCUGACGCCAGUGCAUCCAAGAGAACGAUAUUGCAACGUUCACCACCAAAAUCACGCAAAGGAAACAGAGAAUUUAAUUCUUCUCCAACUAGUACAACUAACAGACGAGCGAUGUGGAGAUGCGAAGUAUGUAAUUACGAAACCGACAAUAAUCGCAACCUAAGAAUCCACAUGCAGAGUGAAAAACAUGCACACAAUGUAACAUCCGCGGGGAAUGCCACACUCAAAUGCCUUGAAAACCUGCAGAACACAUCUCUUCCGGAUUCACCGACCGAGGAAAGUGAAAACAACGGAGCUGAUGAGUCACUUGACAUUAAAAGCAAAGAAUCCACCUCUUCGGCAAAUCCCCUUGCAUCAUUAUCAGGAACAGAUCAAAACUCUCCGAAUCCUAUGACAAUGUACUAUUAUUUAGCUGCAUUGCAGGCAUCUAUGCAAGGCGGACAACAAAGUGAUUUGCAAGCGCCAUCCAGUCCAGAAAGAGACGAUGGAAGAGAAAUGCAACAGAAGCAGUUAAUCGCACAGCAACAACAGCUUCUCCUUGCCCAACAGUAUCAGCAGAUGCUCGCCCAAUUGUCAGGACAAGGAGGAGACUCAUCUACAACAACACCAAAUCUUCUAUCAAAUCCAUCCACUGCUUUACUUCAGCAACAAAUGUUGCUUCAACAGCAAAUACAAAUGUGGAGACAGCUUCUUGCACAAGGAGAUGGAUCUCGCGCUUCACCAGGCCUUCCUCAAUUGAAAACCGAAUUGGAUGGAAGCAUGCCAGAUUUAAACAAUUCGGGUUCAACGUCAACAAAGUUUCUUUUCACUUGUGGAAUAUGCUGUAAUUUCUCAUGCAACGAUCUCGAAUCCUUGUGCUCCCACGUUCGAACAACUAGAUUUCCCAGGGACCCGAUGGAAAAAAGUGAAUGGGUCACUAAAACACCAGGAGAUGGAUAUCGGUGUAGAAUAUGCAAUUAUACAACACAGCUUAAAACGAAUUUUAGUCUUCAUUGCAAAACGGAGAAGCACACUUCCAAGCUGCAACUAAUUAAUCACAUUAGGGAAGGAGGGGAAGCGAACGAAUGGAAAAUAAACUAUGCAAUUGCUGGCAACAAUAUGAAUAGAGUAACAUGCAACGGAUGUCGGCAUUCAGCUACUAGUACCGAUAAACUGAGAAUCCACUGUUCCACGGACCGUCACCAAGGGACGUUAACAAUGUGCCACUAUUUAGACACUAUGCUUAAAGAUGCAGAAUUGGGUAAAGGCCUGCACUCUACAUCAGAAGGCAUCUCCUCGCACCAUCUUUUAUGUCACCCAUGCGCCUAUCAAUCAAAGUUUGUUGUUGAGAUGAUACAACAUAUGCAGUGCCCGAAGCAUCAAGUAAACGUUCAUCAAGAGCAACAACGUGUUGGUGCUAAUUUAGCUGAUAUGGUUUCUGCAGAACCUGAUCAUACUGAUGGCGAAUCUCUGCAUUCGCAAAAUGAAGAAGAUAACAUAAAGAAAGAAACAGAGUCGAACGACGAUCAACAAAUUGGAGACAAGAUCGAUGAAAAUACAGAGGAAAUACAGAAUCACAAAUGUCAGUUCUGUAACUAUAAAACGACAGAAGAAAAUCGGCUUCAGAUUCAUAUCAUGACACAGCAUAAUGCUCGACCAGCGAUCAAAUGUCCUAUGUGUACGGAGUUUAUGCACGACACUUUACAAUUUCAACUUCACUUAGUACAAGUACAUAAAUUAGCUUCCGGUCCAUUGGAAACAAAAACGGAAAAUCCAACACAGAGUCCGGAAAGAAGAUCACCAACAAGAACAAUUGGAGGAACAUUGGAAGCGAUUCAACUUCCUCUCAAGGUCUCAGGCGAAACCAUGAACACUGGUGGAGAAAGAAUAGACUCGACGCAGACUUCUGGGUCAAAGGUUCAUACGGGUUCUUCUAUUUACGAAGAAAACAACAAUCCUGAUAAAACUUUUUCCGAGCAAUGUCGGCAAUGUGGAGACACACUGACUUCACAGGAAAAAUGGCAGCUUCAUUUGGAGAUCCAUCGAAUCCAAGCAAGCGCUCUCGCCUCUGCAUCUCUCUCGACAAGAAACGAAAAGACCUGUGAAACUUGUCGUAUGACGUUUUCUUCCGUCAAUCAAUUCCGUCAGCACUUGCAUACGAAACACGGCCAAACAUGGCCCAGGAGUGAUCAGCAAGAAGACAACGAAAACGAACAUUCACGGAACAUCAUUGAUGAAGAUAAUCCUUUAUCAAAUGCUCGUUCUCUCCUGAACGCCAUAUGUAGUGAUAAUGAAUUUGCCACAAAAGCAAUGAAAGAUCCGGGCUUCAAUCGUGUUUGGGAAACACUCGAGGCUCCUUUCACGUGCAGCCCUUGUGAAGAGACCUUCGUAUCAAAGAACGAUUUAUUAGACCAUAUUAUGGCUUCCUCUGUCCAUAUGGGUCGCAGUGAAUCCAAUGAGGAACGAAAUAAAUCAGCGGUUGACGCGGAUGCGUCGGCUGAACUAAAUAAUCAAUUCCCGCGAGAUGGCGCCACGGGGAAUGAGCAACCAAUCAACAAAGAGAACAUGGAUUUUGAAGAGGAAAAUGCGCGGGAAACCAGUGAUAACGAAGGUAAAAGUGGCGCGCAAUCGUCAAAUUUCGAUUUUUCUUUAUUGCACGAUUACAAGUGGAAACGAGGGCGUCUUCUUUAUCCAGGAAUUAGUAAAAGCGCCCACAAAAAAGUGCUCGUGGAUGUCGGAUUCAACCAAGUUGUUCAUUUUGUAGAAAACCGAUCUUCGGAAAAUCGAGAGAAAGCGAAGAAGUGGAAAGAACAACAGAAAAAUCAAGAUGGAGACGAAAACGAACGAAAGCAACAAAUACCGAUCGACGAAAACGAAAAUAAUUUUGUGGUUGAGAAAAAUAUGGCAUCUAAAGAAAACGUCCAUGUAAACCACAAUACAGACAAACAAACCCCGGAUGAAACGGAGCAAAAAACAUCCCCGUUUCAUUGCGAUAGUUGUGGAAAAGAUUUCUCUAACAUGUGGAUUCUCAAAGUUCAUGAGAAAUCUGUUCAUAACAUGGAAAUGUCGACUGAAAUGCUGCAAGAAUUUGUAGAAGGGUACUCAAAUUGGUAUUGGGAUUGCGCAAGGAAAGAUUUAGAGAACGUCAAUAACACUGAAUCUGACUUAAAACAAUUUAGCAGUAACAACGCCGCUAAAUCGAGCAGUAAUAAUGUUGAUUCAACUGGUAUGUCACCGAGACUUGUACCGUCCAGCAACCUAUCCGCUCCAAAUAUGAGUGACAUUUCACAGAUAGACGACGGUAAAGAUUUUCAACAUAAUGCUCUUCAGGCUUUGAUGAAGAAUUAUCCGGGGAUGCUUGGAGCUUUUGGCGGUGCUAAUUCUACUCAAGACGCGCAUACUCAAUCUGCAGCAGAUGACGCACAAUCUAAGAUUCAGCAGCAAAUGCUUUUGCAAUCGUUGAUGACGGCACAAACCCAGGCAAUGCAGCAACAACAAUCUACUAAUCAGACCCAGGGUUCCUCACAAACAAAUGCUUCAAACAUAAUGAACAUGCUCGUUGAUCAUAUAUACGGAGCUGCAAUGCAUGGCUCAACUCCUGGUUUUAUAGACCCUGUCGGUGUCAUGUCUCUAUUACAGCAACAACAACAAGCUCGCGUUCCAGCGGCGGGCGUGAAUCCUUAUCAGUGGCUAGCAAUGAGGUUUAUGCAACAACAACAAUUACAACAACUUCUAAUGUAUCCUGCAAUGACCGGAGGGGCGGCUGGGAUGCCGUUUUUACCAAGCCUAGCUGAAAACGCGAAUCAACAACAAAUGCUCGCUUCUUUUGCUGCAAGUUUGCUUAAUCCUAAUUCAUCGUCCCCUGAUUUGAAUAAUUCAGUAGUUAAUAAUCCGUUGUCAUCCGCUUUGCAAGCGUACCAACUUCAAGCAGCCGCUGCUGCGUCUAUGACUGGUGAAUCUAGACCCGGAGGAAAGGAUGCUGAGCAAGAUCCUAACAAAAGUACAAUAGUUAAUCAGAGAGAAUCUUCCAAUAUCAGCCAUUCUCCUGCAUCCGCGGAACUUCCUGCGAAGAGGCCAAGAACAAGAAUCACUGAUGAUCAGUUGAAGAUUCUGAGAGCAAAUUUUGACAUUAACACCUCACCAAGUGAAAAUCAAAUUUCUGACAUGGCCCACAAAACCAAUUUGCCAUCCAAAGUCAUCAAGCAUUGGUUUCGUAACACUCUUUUCAAAGAGAGGCAACGCUCUAAAGAUUCUCCUUACAAUUUCAAUAUUCCUCCCAUGACGUCACUAGAUGACGUCAAAAGGGAACCACUUAGUUCUAGUGACAACUCUAGCAACGAAAAUGCAAUCGUGGAAGAAAAAUCACAAAUAGUGAAAGUUGAACCAGAGCAAAACGAAAUUGAAGUUGAAGUUUCAAGAGAAAACGAAUCUCAUCAAAUGUUCACAGAUUCAGUCGAUAAAAGGGAGGAGUUACAUGGGGCCACAUCGUCCGCGAAUGCCCCGAUUCAUUCUACAAUGUCGCAGAGUCAAGCAAUGCAGAUUUUGAAAUCAUUAACAGAACGAGGCAACCUUGCUAAUACUGAGGCAAACAAGUCUAUUUUUGCAAAUGCAAUGUCGUUAGUUCCUAAUGUUACAUCUGUAAGGGAUAAUCACUCCCCUGUUGGAUCUACAAAUUAUUCUUUAGCGGCAGAUCACCGUGCUUCGAGUGACAGCAACGAUCACAACAACACGUUUGCGUAUCGACAGGAAACUGCAAAUUCUGACGCUUAUAGUUAUGAACGAAUUGCAAACGUGUCCAAUGCAGAUUUUAGUUAUCCGAUUGGUACACCUGGGCACGCGAAUCUUGCUUCAACAAUAAGUAGGCGAACACCGCGUACGCGAUUCAGCGACUACCAGUUGAAAAUAUUGCAAGAAUUUUUUGAUAAAAAUGCUUAUCCUAAGGACGAAGACUUGGACAAGUUGUCAAGAUUACUCGAUCUCAGCACACGAGUGAUUGUAGUGUGGUUUCAAAACGCCCGCCAGAAGGCUAGAAAGAGUUAUGAAAUGCAACAAAGUGGGAUAUCAGCUGGUCAUCAUACUAACGGUAUUCAGAAUCAAUCGAAUUCGUAUCUUACCCGACGCCCAUCUCCACCAUUGAGUUCGUCAGUCGACCAACAAAUGUCUUCUAUGCUUUCUACACAAUCUCUUGAGAUGGAUUUAUCGCCAACGGCUAAACAUAGUCAUCAGUUUUCACAUGAUGUCGCAACGCGUGCUUCUGUUCUGCAAGAUAUGAAACGAGAGACUCGUGCUGGCAGCCCAACUGAACCCAAUUACAAAUGCAAUCAAUGUGAUGCGACGCUUCCUUCAGCCGUAGCAUUGUCACAACACGAAAGACUUCAUGAUAUGAAGCCAUCUGCUUACAUAGAAAACGUCAUCCAGCAAUAUAGGAUGUUUUAUCCAUCGAUAGUAGAAGGGAUGUUGCAGGGAUCAUCUGGGAAGGAUUCUCAUGAAAAAUUUGAAAUUGAAGCAAAAAAUGAAUCUCGCCGGCCUUCAAAUAGUCCUCCAGCUGGUUUCGAAAGCGAGAGACGGAAACUAUCCUAUAGUAAAGAAUCCGAAACGGUUGAAAUGAAGCCGCAUAUUAAACAAGAAACAGGCCACGGUAUUGAAGAUAUAAUAAAUCGUUUUAGUUUGCCUCAGCCUCGUGGGGGUGUAAGAGAAAAGAGUCAUUCGUACGAAUCGAAGAUGAACAUACCAGCGAGCAACAUGAUAUCUCAAAAUAUAAUGACAGCACAGCAGUAUAUAACCCAGAGAGACAACGCAAUGGCCGCGAAACGAAAGCUCAGUGUUUCGCCAACACUUUCAAUGUCUUCAUCUUCGUCAACAAGUCCUAAUUCAGCAAGACAAAAUAUGGGGCGUAAAGUUAUCAAUGAUACUUCGAAAGAUCCUAAACGUCUUCGCACUACAAUCACUCCUGAACAGUUGGAAUUUUUAUACCAGCAAUAUCUGGUUGAUUCUAGUCCAAGUAGGAAGGUGAUUGAACAGAUAUCAGACAUUGUUGGACUGAAAAAGCGGGUUGUGCAGGUUUGGUUUCAAAACACGAGAGCACGAGAAAGGAAAGGCCAAUUUCGAUCUGUAGGCCGAAUCACUUCUGUCCUGGGCAUGCCUCAGAUAUGCCCACAAUGUCGCGUCACGUUUCGAACAAAGGCGGAUCUCGAUGCUCAUAUAAGAUGCAGACAUAUGCAGUCACCAUCUUCGAUUCCAACAUCGUCCGCAUCUCAAAUGAUGACGUCACCCACAACGUCAUACCCGGAAUCAAAAACAACAUUUGGUGCCAUCUCGUCUAGCAACAGUCGUUUGUCAGCUUCCGAAAUUUCUUCUGCGUCAUCAACUGCUUUGUUUAGAUUGAAUGAAACGAAGAGAGAAAUGUCCAAGAAAAAAUUCAAGAUUAUAAAAGUAUCAUCAGUAAUAUGCAAAAAUCAGACUCACGUAACAACUUUGCACGGAUCAACUGCUGGUAAUCCAAUCACAUCUAAUGCACACGCACCAUUUGUCAAUUUAACGUUUUCCGAUUCAACUCCAAGAGACAAGAUCAACGAUUCUGCAGAAGGUCACGGAAGUAGUCCUAAACGUAGAAAAUUAUCUGAAGAGAAUCACUCAUUCGAUACAACAACAUUUGCAUCAAAAUUUGUGGCAACACCACGCACUGCUGAUAUAUAUAAAGCCGUAACUGAGCAGAUUUCGAAAAGUAACAGCGUCGAUGUGAUAGCACAGAGACUGCAAGCUAAAACUGCUUCUUUGGCUCCCGAGGUAACAGAAAACAAUGUCAAAUCGUCGGAAGGGUUUGCUUUCAAAGUGGAAGAUGCAAUCCAAAUGUCUUCUUCGCCUGUGAUGAUGAGUAAACAAUCUAUGGAAGGUCAAAUGUUGUCCUCGCCGCCAGUAUCGUCUCCAGAAUCUCGGCCUACUGAUUCCCUAAGCCCGUCGUUCAUGGUGCCGUUGAAGCGUUACAGAACUCAGAUGUCGUCCCUGCAAGUUCGUUCUCUCAAGCAUUGUUUUUCUGAAUAUAAAACGCCAACUCUUCUUGAAUGUGAGAUGCUAGGUCAACAAAUUGGACUUCCGAAGCGUGUCAUCCAGGUAUGGUUCCAGAAUGCUAGAGCAAAAGAGAAGAAAGCAAUUGGAGAUCAAAUGGACCAGAAUGACCAGGCUGAAGAAUCUUUGCAAAUGAAAAGUUCAUGUCGUCUUUGCCCUGAAAUGAGAUUUGGAUCAUUACAAGAAUACAGGAAUCAUGUGUUUUCUAAAAUACAUCUCGGAAAUUUUAUGGCAGCUCAUGACGGAGAAGGAAGCGAUGAUCAAAGUUGUUCAUCAGGCGCAAGAACGCCAUCUUCCGACUUUGAUGAUAGUUCAUCAAGAGACGCAAUGUCGUCCAACGUCGUUGGAUUCGAAAACGAUCGUGACAACAAUCAACAAUUUGCAUCCAUAUCUGUCCCCAAUGACGUCGCUGAAAACAAGUACAGAAUUUCAGCCGUUGCAACUAGCGACUCAACUUCGUCAAUGCUGGACACACAAACUAAAUCUUCGCACGGCUGGGACGCAUCUGUACUGGCUGCUAACCCUGUAUUGUUGCAAAGUUAUCAACAACUUGCCGCUGUCCAGAAACUGAUGAAUGCCGGAGCUGUUCAGAACGGAAUGGACAAACAAAAAGAGGUGACUGAUCAAGUUCAAGUUAAUAGCGAUAUAUUGAACACGUUGAAACAGAACUGGCUUCACAGACUCUAAUGAAAGAUUGUCUGCCGCAUAUUCCAAGCCAACUUCUUUAGAUGGGAUAAGAAAUUUCAACAGAAAUCGAAAGCCGAAGUGGGAGAUCUGGAUUGAUAACUCAACUUUAUGAAGAUGAAAUUUCUUUUUAUAAUAUAUAAAAUUACCCACGAUUCAAGUUGGUGUGGUGAUGGAGGUGAACAUUGUGUAUUAUCUAUCAGUUCAAAGGGCAUUGUGCGCGGAUGACCCGAAAAAAUGGUGUCUAUAAAUAUACAGUCAUUAAUCAUCCAUUUCUGUACUUGUGUAUAAAAUAUACUUUGCUCAAACCCUUUUUUUCGUCAACAUUUCUAUGACGUCAACGCUUCUAGUUUUUGUUUUCUUUUUAAUAUUUAUCGUGCCUAAUUUUGGCCCUUUUGUCUGUUUUAGUGCUUUUGUUUUUUUCGAUAGAAUACUUUGGUUUUAUUGCCUCUCGUCAAACUUUGAUUGUGCAAAGUUUGUUUUAAUGACGUCAUAUGUUUGAUUACGUCAUAAUUUGGAUUGUUGGUUCAUAAGUGCUUUUUAUUCUAUUACUGUAAAAUUUCAGUUACAUAUUUCGUGUCGUUGUUCCAUUACUAGAUGGCGCUCAUAAGCAGCGUCCUUAAUGCGACAUCUAAUGUCAUAUUUUUAAAGUGUGAAUGGUGAACGGUCUUUUAUCCUUGGGUUAUACUUGGUACAAGUGUAUUUAGGUGAAAAUUAUCGUCACAAACUGUAUAUGUUCCUUUAAAACUUUUAUUAUUUUAUUGAAAAUAUUAUUCCGCGGUGCCCAACACGUCUUGUGUAAUUUUGCAUAAUUUUAGAUUAUUUUAAGCCUUUCUUGAGUGCUUUUGUCAUUAUUUUACACUUUUUUAUUAUUUUAUUUCUCAUUUUUAUCAUUAUUAUACAUUUUUAUUCAUUUUCUUCAUUAAAUAUUGCAUUCCAUCUCAUUUGCGACAACAACAAAAAAAUUGUGUCUAAUUUUUUGCCUUUGGGUACAGUAUCCACAAAAAUAUCAAAAAACACAAAUUUUUUCAAAUCGUCCAAGAAUUGAAUACAUUCCAAUAGAUAAUGAAAUUAUUUUUUCAAAAAAGUGUUAAAAACACACAUGACGACAUUCCCUAUUAAAUUGAGUUAUUUGAUUUGACGUAAGUAGGUAUUAUUUUAGUGGCAUUCAAUUAAAUUAACAGUAUUCGGUAAAUAGGUAUAUUUUUCAUUUUCUAGCGAAACAUUUUGUUAUUCAAAUAAUUAACAAUCUCUCUCUCAUUUUGAUAAGUGAUAAAACUGUUUGCGCGGAUCGUCUGCCUGUUCUAUACAUAUUUCAUUUUCAGUAUCCAUUAUUAUUUACUGCGAGUUAAGAGACUUGUUCUGAUUGAUGCGGUAAAAGCAAUUAUUGACGAGAAAAUUUUCAGUUUUAAAAAAUUUGUUAGGUUUACUAGAAUUGUACUGUAAUUUUGUAAUGACAAAAUCACUUGCUGGAAAUAUUUUAUUUUAUUAGUAAAAAUUAGGUCUCUCUACCCAAAGAAGAGUAUAAUUUGCUCCGAUAAUAAGUAUAGAAAAUUGAUUAAAAUUAAACCCGGUUGGGGCAGAUAUUUCCAUGAAAUUUUGGCGAAAUUCCAUUUUUCGUAAUAUUUUUCUGUUCGUAGCCUUGUUGAUAUUUUUAACAUUUUACGGCAAGCCUUUAAAAAAUAAUAAAGUAAUUUUUCACCACUUUAUUAUUUUUGUGCAAUUUAUUGGUUGAAAUAAUUGUUUGCAGUACUGCGGAUUCGUGCAAGUUAAUAUGUUUGUGUAAUUAAAAGCUUCAUUAUUAUCAUGCAGUGACUUAUCAUCAUCAAUAAGUGUAUUUUUUUCACUGUAGUAAAAUAUCAUCAUUAAUAUCAUUUUCAUAAAAUAGUCAUUUUUUUAUUAUUUUCUUGCUUGCUACAAUUGAAUUAGCAUAAGUCGUGUUCUAUGUCUGAGACCAUUUGCUCAAAUUUUCAAAAUGAUUUUUUUGCUCAAAAAUUGGAUUUUAAAUUUCAACUUUGUAGAAUCGCUUCUGACUAGUAACAACAUUCAUUUCAGUAACUGAAUAUACUUCUGGGUUUGGGUUAAGACAGAUACUUAAAAGUACAAUUUCAUUGACAAUAUUAUCAAGGUUUUCAGUGCUUUCUGAUACAUGUCUGAUUAGCGAUGUGUCUGUAUUUUUAUUAUUAUUGCAAAUUCUGUUUCUUUGAAGAUUUCAAGACCCACGAUGCCUGUAAUGUAUAUUUUGGUACCACUGCUUUUCACACGUCUUUUAUUAUUUUAAUUUCCUUUGGAAUUUAUGAUGGAUCUGAUAAUAAAUUUGCAUCUAGGUUAUA